AAACCCAAACGCGGUUUUUGCUUAUAGAGUGUUGCAGAGGAAUUAGCAGAAAGGAGAGGCGAGAGGGAGAGCGAGGGCGGACUUUCUUUAUCCAGGGCACUAAGGGGUUCGGGAACCCCCUAGCACAUCUUUGUUGCUCUUGUUGUUUUCUUUCAAAAUGAAGUACUAACUACUGGCCCGCUUUUUGGAGGAGGCUGAGGCCGCUUGGAGGAUUGAACUGGGCUGCCUGAGGGAGGGUUCUUUCAUUUUUUGAAUGAAAGCGGACUGCCUGAAAAAUGUCACUUCAGGCACUUGAAGAAACAUCCAUUUCCUUCACAAGUGAAGUCAGGGAACGGAUGAAGGAAAAGAAAAAUGGUUCAUUGAAGACGGCAAAGCUGAAUGCUUCUCUUGCAUCAAAGAUCAAAACAAAAACAAUAAAUAACUCCUCUAUAAUUAAGUUCUCCCUAAAACAGAACAACAAAGCGUUGGCUUUAGCUCUCAAUGGUGCAAAGGGAGCUAGUCAAAGACUAACUGCUGAAAAGAUGCUACUGCAAAAAGAAGUGGAGUCAUGUCACUUUGAAAAUGCCUCACUGCGCCGAAAGCUUUUCUCUGUGAACAAAUCUAUUCACGAACUGCACCAAUAUAUGAACAGCCACUUGCAAAUAGCAAUCAAGCUGAGCAGGCCUCAGGAUGAAGAGGAAGGCACUGCAUUGGCACCUGAUCGGGACCCGCCUUUUGGUGGAAACCUUUUGAGAACACAACAAUGUCCCAGGAGCGGCUUGCUGUCCGUCCUGAGUAACAGUUCACCUCUGCAGCACUGUGAGGUGACUACGGCACCACUCAUUGGUAGCGUGUUGUUAUCAGGUGGUCACGUGACUCAGAGGAAGAAACGCAGAAUAAGCUCAUCAGCUGCAUCUGGAGGUGAUUCUCAAAAGAAGUCCUCAGAGAUGCUUCAGUGGACAAAGGAAUCGGAGCAGGCUGUUAAAGAGUGUUUUGAAGUCUGUCAGGUUGGUGAGCUUUUGGCACCAGACACCAAUGAUAAAAGCUGUGAGACGAUCAAAGCCAAUGAAACCACAGCUGUAAAAAAAGUGAGUAUGGGGAAUGUGCACAGGAGGUCUUCUGCUGUCAGGCAGUCCAAAGGACAUUUGGUUAAUUAUAACAGUGGAAUAAGGAAUACUUUUGUGGUAGUACCAUACAAAACCUCUGAAUCGAACAGUAGCGCGAUGACAAUUCCGGAGCCUGCACGUCACACUGAAGAGUCAGGUCAAGUCGAUUCUCUGGAAGAAAGACCACCACUGAACAGCUGCGGUCAGGAGGCGGCGGAUAGUACCCAGCAGCCUGAUAAAGGCAGAGGUUGCAGAUUGACAUAUGUAGUGCACCAGACUAUUCCAAAGCAGGUAGAUGACUGCAACACUUUGACUCAGGAAAUUGAAAAAAGAACAUUCUUGGAAAAAAUGAAGAAUUCAGAAAGUCAGUUCCAAAAUCCAGAUACUAUCUCAUUAAGCAAUAAACUACAAGAUAAAAAGAGCCAUGCCUGCAAUGUGAAUCAUACUUCCCAGUGUUCUGAUAAAACCAGGAGUUGUAGAAGGACCUCUGUGUUAGAGCUAGGCCCUUUAGAUUAUCAGAACAAUUCUGCUCCCCUUGCACAUGAAGGAAAUUCACCAUCGGAAAACUUAGAGUUUAGUUUGUUAAGCAACAAGGCACCACUGCAUGCUCUUGGUACAAAACAGUUGGUUGGUUUCCAAAAGCAGAUUCCUGGCGAAGAAGCAACACUGGAUCUAAAUGUGAAGCAUAAAAAACCCAAGAAGACGACCCAGGAAAUUUGUUUAGAACAGGAGAUCAGUGAGAUGGAGCUAAAGAGCUUCAGUGUUGAUGUGCAGCCUCAAGAAACCAAGGCUAAAGAAGGGCAUAAACACAAAACAGUUAAAGUAGGCAAGGAUAAUGCAGGGAAAGAACAUGGGGAAACAGACACGGGUCUGAGUGCUCAAAGAGCCAAUAAAAGGAAGAGGAAGAAUUUGAGUUUCACUUCUCAAUCAACAAGUCAAGCAGAUGCAACCCCUGUUUUCUCUCUAGGGAAUGUGCAUUCCGCAUUUCGAGAUUCAGGUUCCAGGACUCAGCAAGAUUCUUUCCAUAAGGAUCUUCCUAAGGCUUUGCCUCAGGCUGAUUCUGUGGCUGUAUGUCCCAAAACUCCUGAGUCUUCUGCAGUUGGUCUUUCUAAGACCACCUUACCACGUUCUUGUAGUUCUGUUCAGUCACAUUAUGCACUUCAAGAUCAAGUGAGCCCAGAAAGAAACUCGUCUCUGCCCAAAGUCUCAACAGCCUUAAAAAACGAUUCAAAGCAUGUGGCUUCUGGCAGAUGUGAGAAAAAGACAGCACAUGCAAUUCCUGAAACCUUGCAAAACACAGCACAAGGUAAAGACCACAAGGUCCUGCAAGAUUCAACCAAUUCUGUACCUCUGGAAUCACCUCCAACACGGCCAAGAAGACAGACAAAAGAAGUUCACUAUGCACUGCCCAAGAUUAACACCAAACUGAGGAGCGGUGACCCAUUUACAUUUUCUAUCUACCCCGGGUCCCCUGUGUACAACACUAAAAGAAAGAAGUUGACCAGAGGAUCUGGAAAGUCCAAGGAAACCUAAAAAGAGGAAAUUGACCCUUUUGUGAAUUCACGGUUUUUAGUAGGAAACAAGUUUGUUACUGUUUAAAAAAACUUUGGGGUUUCCAGUAUUCCCCCUUACCUAGUCUUUUUUGUUCUGGUAUUUCAUUUCAGAAAUAAAACAUUUCCACCUGAA